GCCUUGACGGCUGUAUGUAUUAAACAUGAACAACGCUUAAGUAAAUACGUUACUUGAUCCAUCCAGGUUACUUGGAUAACAGAGAUUACAUCCACUGGCAGCCGUCCGAUUUAUCUCUUGUCAUUUAUUUAAAUUUUUCAUAGAAAAAAAUAAUAGUUAUAAAAUAGAUGAUAGGUAGUUACCUCAUAAAGGUAUGUAUCGACUUAUCCUCUUUAUUUAAGAGAGUUAACAUCAUUGCGCGAGGGCAUCCAUGUAAUUAUUCGAGUGAUGUUUAAAUGCAUAUCGGAACUUAGGGUUAGGCGGUAAAGUGAUCAAUUACUCAAACGACAGGAACUGAUAACUGUCUCUAUUUACAUCAUCAGAUCAUCAAAAUCAUCAGACCCAGGGUAACGGAAAUUUGUAAACGAGUAGCCGAAUUAUCUGGAAAUAUACCUAUCAGCUGCAUCAGUGCAUCUCAUAAACGGAAACAUUAAGGCGGAAACAUUAAGGAUGGCAAUUAACGACGGCGCAGAGAGAGUCCCGGAGAGACAAUUGCAACAAGAAGACAUCCCUGCGUAUCAAAGUAGCGCACCGAGCAUCUUCGUGCCCGCGCACACUGAUUUCACAAAACCGCCACCGGCACUGCCAUCAGAACCAAGCAAACGACGUGACGAGAUACUCGCUCAGAUCGAUGAGCAUGCGGAGGCCGUGCAGGAUAACAUAUACUACAUGCUUAACCGCGAAAAGACGAGAAUCCGUCAAGAGUGUAAAUGGAGAGAAGACAAAUUCCCUCCACACCUUAGGGCCGUUCCGGGCUUAACGGGAGACGAAGAGCGCUCACUUCCUUCAAAUGGGACGCAGAUGGACGAGAUCUUACAUCUGAGAUCAUUCACCUCGGACCUGACUCGAGGCGGUUACGAGGUACCUUUUAAAUUUACGGAUGAGAAAUGCUUACAUUUGGCCACAACACCUGGAGAACCGCCACGCAAAUCGGCCGAGAAGAUGAUGAUGAACUUGGUAAGGCAUGGUAUUCAUAGCUUGGAGGAGUUCGCUCAGCACGUCAAGAAGGUAAAGGAAGCAAGGAUCAAAGAGCUCGAGAAUGAGUUAGCUUCGGAGAGUCAAAGUUCUACGGGAAUUGCACCUGCGGAUAUUAUGGAUACUAGUUAACUAACGCUGACUGGAAACAUAUAUAUACACACGAAAGCUACCCUUGUCUCGGGUGCUGAUGCCCCUGGUAAAGAAUAAAUACUGCUCAAUUUCAUAUUCCGCUUCCCGUAGUCGAUAUCCCUGCGCCAUCGGCAGAAGGAGUUCGUCCAGUUUCCCAAGGCUUUGGUGGUGCUGCAAGGCGGCCAUGAGUCGUGAACGCCGGGUCCUCGAUAACCGUAUCGGGGAUCUGUCUUAUUCCAGGUAUAGG